UACUCUAGUGGGUGCACACGAAUUGCCCGUUGUGGUUCAUACUAUUAUUUUAACUUUUUUUUUUUUAAUUAAUCUGAUAUCAGACAAAAAUGGCGCCUUCAGUACCAGAAUUUUAUAAAGGAAAAUCCAUUCUUAUUACUGGGAGUACUGGUUUCGUGGGAAAGGCUCUGGUGGAGAAGUUGCUUCGCAGCUGUCCUGAAGUGGAUACGAUAUAUCUUCUGUUGAGGCCAAAGAAGGGUUUGAAUAGUGAAGAGAGACUACGCGAUCUCAGUGCCAAUAAGAUAUUCGAAAAUCUAAGAGAGAAGACUCCAGAUGUAUUCAAGAAACUCAAAUUAGUUGCCGGAGAUAUCUUAGAUAAUGAACUAGGAAUAUCACCUGAAGACAAGAUAGAGUUGCAAGAACGCUGCAAUAUUAUCUUGCAUAGCGCCGCUUGUGUUCGAUUUGACCUAAAAUUGAAAGAUGCAAUCGAUAUGAAUACGAGAGGCACGCUACGAGUUUUAGAACUUGCUGAAAGUAUGAAAAAUCUUCAGGUAUUGGUGCAUCUAUCAACAGCGUAUUGUCGUUGUUAUUUAGAUGAGAUGGAAGAGAAAUUAUACCCACCAGCCCACAAGCCACGAAAAAUUAUGGACAUUGUUGAAUGGAUGGACGAUGAUACACUUAAGUAUUUGGAACCUAAGCUUAUAGCUUCAGAGCCAAACACCUACUCGUACACAAAAGCUAUCACUGAAGACUUGAUUGCUGAGUAUGGCGACAAAUUUCCAAUAGCUAUUGCCAGACCUUCUAUUGUGACUUCUGCAUGGAAGGAGCCGAUACCUGGAUGGGUGGACAAUUUGAAUGGAGCCACUGGUCUUCUUAUUGGAGGCGGCAAAGGUGUUAUACGUACAAUGCAUUGCGAACCGACGUAUACAGUCGAUGCGAUAGCUGUCGAUAUUGUAGUUAAUGCAUGUCUACUUAUUGCUUAUGUUACCGCUUUAGACAAGCCUAAAAAAGUUACAUUUUAUAAUGUAACACUGUCCAGAAUUAUAAAGAUAACUUGGGGCGAAAUAAUAAAAUUAGGUGAAAAAUGGGUGGACAAAUAUCCGCAUACCGUGGCUCUGUGGCAUCGUGGUGGUACUAUUAAGUCAUAUUACUGGCAUCACCAAAUCUGCGUUUUCUUUUAUCACAUUAUACCUGCCUAUUUAGUGGAUGGUAUCCUGUUUUUGAUGGGAAGAAAAACUUUUUUAAUUAAUGUUCAAAAACGUAUAAGCCACGGUUUAGGUGUACUUCAGUACUACACGACAAAAGAGUGGUACUUCAAGAACGACAAUUUCAAGUCUCUUCGUACACGAGUAAGCAAAGAAGACAACGAGGCUUUUUAUACAGAUCUCAGUAAUUUGAAUGCCAAUGAAUAUUUGAGAGAUUAUAUAUUAGGUGCCAGACAGUUUUGCUGUAAAGAAGAUCCAUCGACAAUUCCAAGAGCUCGCAAAUUGGCGAAAAUCCGCUAUGUACUGGAUGUUGUUGUACAAAUAUUAUUUUAUGGAAUUUUGGCUUGGAUAUUCUAUUCCAAUCUGCACAUCAUCACCUCAUCAGUUCACUACUUGGAUGACGCGCUGAAGAGUUUAUCGCCAAUUAACAAAGUCAACGCUGAAGAAUUUAUAACUUAUCUGUCAUCAUAAAUAUAAUGUUUUUUUUUUUAUUUAUCUGUAGUAAUGUGUCUUAGUCUUAACCACGACAACUCAUUUAUGUUCCGAGAAAUAAAAAAUCUAA